GGGUACCACUCAGGGCUGUGCCCCACCCCCGCCCUGAGUCAGGAAGGAGCCGGGACCCAGCAGAGCGCAUGUCCCUUGGCUGGUCACCCUGCAACCAGGAAGGGCCAGCCUUCUUGAGGCCCCUGGCAGGACCGAUGCCCCUUUCAUGCUUUCAGGGCUGAGGCUCCCAGUGAGGGGCAGGCACUGUGAGCGGAGGUGUCCCAGGCCGGUCCCCGGGAAGAGGACCACGGGAAGCCCAGCUAGAGCACCCCUGCCCAGACCUGCUGUCCUCGAGGCCCCUCUGAGUCCUCACUCUUCCAGGGGCACCUCAGGGCCUUAUUAGAGCUUGCCCAAAGGGUGGCGAGCCCCUGGAACUCUGGCCUGAGGCUCCAGGAAGCAGGCUUCCUUACACAAGCUGGACUCACCUCUUGACUUUGAGCGGUGAGCCCCACACUGCCAGGUGAGGGUGCCCUGCCCCCCACGCUCCCGUCGGGGCAGACAGAUGCGGUGGAGUGCCCCGGCAGCUGAUGCCAACAGAGCGGCGGGGCGGGGUGUCCUCGAGGGCCGUGGGGAGCCCCGGCCCUGAUGCCCGUCCUCGCUCUCCCGCCCUCAGGCGUGAGCUCGACGCUUCCACCCGGCACACGCCCCAGCCCUUCCGAGAGCACAGCACACACCCCAAGCAUGGCCCCGGCCUCCACCCCAGGCACGGCCUCUGCCUUGCCCUCACCCCACUGCGGGGAGGACUGCCACUGGUCGCCAUGGCUGGACGUUAGCCGUCCAGAACAGGGCAUGGACAGUGGAGAUUUUGACACACUGGAGAACCUCCGUGCCCAUGGCUACCAGGUCUGCCGAGAGCCGAGGGCAGGAGAGUGCCAAGCUGAGGGUGUCCCCGGGGUGCCACUUGCCGCCCUGAGGCAGCACGUGGAGUGUAGCCCGACAGUGGGGCUGAUCUGCUACAACAGGGACCAGCCUCUGGGCACUGUGACAACUACCAGAUCAGGGUCCUGGGCUGUGUCCCCCCGGCCUGCCCCACUAGCGGACAGAGACCAGCUCUCCAACAACCUUCAGCACAGUUGGAACCGGGCCCACGUCAGGAACCAGCAGGAGCACAUGGGUGCUGACAGAGAGCACAGCUUCCUCAACCCUGGUCACUGCAACUGGUCACACCACUGUCUCUAUGACCAGCAAAACAUCGGUCCCAGGACCCUCUACACCUGUCCCAGAAUCCUCUGCACCUGUCCCAGGACCCUCUACACCUGUCCCAGAAUCCUCUGCACCUGUCCCAGGAACCUCUACACCUGUCCCAGGAACCUCAACACCCAUCCCAGGAACCACUACACCCGUCCCAGGAACCUCUGCACCUGUCCCAGGAACCACUACACCCGUCCCAGGAUCCUCUACACCUAUCCCAACAACCUCAACACCUUUCCCAGGAACCUCUACACCUGUCCCAGAAUCCUUUACACCUGUCCCAGGAACCUCUACACCUGUCCCAGAAUCCUCUACAGCCGUCCCAGGAACCACUACACCCGUCCAAGGAACCUCAACACCCAUCCCAGGACCCUCUACACCUGUCCCAGGACCCUCUACACCUGUCCCAGGACCCUCUACACCUGUCCCAGGCACCUCUACACCUGUCCCAGGACCCUCUACACCUGUCCCAGGAACCACUACACCUGUCCCAGGCACCUCUACACCUGUCCCAGGACCCUCUACACCUGUCCCAGGACCCUCUACACCUGUCCCAGGAACCACUACACCUGUCCCAGGCACCUCUACACCUGUCCCAGGACCCUCAACACCUGUCCCAGGACCCUCUACACCUGUCCCAGCACCCUCUACACCUGUCCCAAGAACCUCAACACCCAUCCCAGGAACCACUACACCCAUCCCUGGACCCUCUACACCUGUCCCAGGAACCUCAACACCUGUCCCAGGCACCUCAACACCUGUCCCAGAUAACUUGAUUCCUGGGAAAACAACCCUCUUGACUCCCAGCCCAGUGCCAGUUUCAGCAACAAUUUCAAGCACAACUUCUGUGUU